GUCACCACCUCCUCAUCCCCCCCGUGCCGCGGCUUCCCCUCCACCGCGCCACUGCCUCGCCGCCUGGAGUGAGAGUGACCCGUCUCGUAAACCCCGCCGCCGACCCGCCCGGAGGAGGCUGCCGCCACCACCGGUUAUGCCAUGGCCGUCAUCCUCUCCUCCGCCGCGCCGACGCCGCUGACUCCCCCCGCUCGCCCCCGGUGGCAGCCGCCGAGGGCCCGCGGCCUCCGCGGCGGGCUCGCGCGCCUCUCCGGCGCGCUCGUCCUCUCCCACGCCGGCGCGGGCGCCGCGCUCGCCGCGCCGCUCUCCUACGAGGAGAUGCUGCGCCUGUCCAACGACUCCGACGCCGGCGCGGACGGGGGCGGCUUCGCGCUCGAGCUCCCGGACCUCGGCCUCGACGGGCUCGCCGACUUCGUCGCCGAGAACCCGCUCGUCGUCGCGGCGGGCGUCGCCGCCGUGGCCCUGCCGCUGCUCCUCGCGCAGCUGCUGGGGGGCGGCGGGGCGUCCAAGCCCUACGCCGUCGCCUCCGCGAGGGCCGCGUACCAGCGCCUGCUCGAGGAGCCCGGCGCGCAGCUCGUCGACAUCAGGCCGCUCAAGGACGCGCGGGAGGCCGGCGCGCCGGACCUCAGGGAGGCCAAGAAGAAGGCGGUCGCCGUGCCGUACAACGGGGAGGACAAGAAUGGGUUCUUGAAGAAGCUGGCGCUGCGGUUCAAGGACCCGGAGAACACUACGUUGGUCAUCCUUGACAAAUUUGAUGGGAACUCCGAACUAGUUGCUGAACUUGUCACAGCCAAUGGCUACAAAGCUGCUUUCGCUGUGAAGGAUGGUGCAGAGGGAAGUCGAGGAUGGAAGAGCAGUAAUCUUCCCUGGAAGCAGCCUGCAAAGGGGUUUAGUUUCGACUUGGGCGAGCUAUUUGGGGAUGGUUCAGACGGUUUACCUCUGACAAUUGGUCUUGCUGCAGCUACUGGUUUGGGAGUACUUGCGUACACAGAGAUUGAGACGUUGCUACAGUUUUUGGGUUCAGCCGCUAUUGUUCAGCUAGUGGCAACCAAACUCUUGUAUGCCGAGGAUCGACAAAAGACCCUUAAACAGAUUGACGAGUUCUUUAAUAAGAAGGUUGCUCCAAAGGAUCUUGUUGAUGAAAUAAAGGAAAUCGGGCAGGCUCUACUACCUUUACCUGGUGAAACUAAGAGCACACCAGCACUAGCAAGUGCGACUCCAGCUGCUGCCACAGCAACAGCUGCACCAGCAGAGGCUGCUACCCUCGCGCCAACAGAAGCAGCUCCUGCUGCUGCACCAACACCUGCCGCACCAGCAACAGAGGAAUCAGCUCCUGCAACGCCCACACCUACUGCCAAACCCAGACCUCUGUCACCUUACCCUAAUUAUCCGGAUCUCAAGCCGCCAUCCUCACCUUCGCCUUCAGCACCUUAAUUAGGCAUGGGUACAAGAAACCGGGUCUAGAGGAUAUUAAAGAAAUUGAGCUGUUCAUAUGGAGCCACCGUCUCACCAAAGGUGUAUGUUGUACUAUGAUCCUGACUGUGUAUUUAUUGACUACUACGGCAGGUUUUUUUGGAGCAGUAAAUAUAUGAUGUUGUUUUUUCCAAGUGAUCAUUGAUGUUCUCUGUUUUUCUUUUUGUAUCUUAUCUUGGUUCUUGUAAAUGUCAAAUUACUAGUGCUGCGACUGAGACUUCAAGCCUA